UAUAGUACGUCCCGCAUGCGUAGUCAGACAUUUCCGUGUGCCCGGAAAACGUGAGCAUCGUAAUGCUGUCCACUACUCUCCAUCGAAUUUUGGUUUCUGUGCACAAUAGUUCAGUAUAUCCAUGUAGAGGACGGUCAACAUGGAGAAUAUGGAAUCUCGCCAAUAAAACUGCUGAGGAUUCAGAAAAGAAAGAAGAUGAGACACAAAAGUGGAAAGUCCCCUUGAUACAGGACAAAGAAGAAGCCAAGAAAAGGGCUAAAAAUUUUAUACAUGAUGGAAUAAGCACACAUAACAUGUUUCAGUCUCUGCAAGGAAAAAGUUCAACAUCAACAAACAGAGGCUAUUCUCCACCAAAAAAUGUCAGAGAAAGACUGGAGACUUUGGUGAAAGAAGUAUAUGGGGAUUCCUCUGAUUGGACAGAAAAGCCACUCACAGACCCAUUGCUUAAAUUCAAGGUGUUGACAAAGUGUGAAGAAGAAUUCGGACAUACCAUCUCAAACACAAGUCUGCAUGAUAUGAAUACAGGGGCAGAUGUCCUCGAUUUUUUUCUUACUCCUGUCAGAGACACUACUGCUUAUGAGGACUUGGCCAAACUGGAUCUGCCAAGGAAUCUCCAUAUUCAACUAGAACCGAAACGAUUUCAUCCAGAGACUGACACAAAAUUUGGAGGCAUAUCUGCUUUUCCUGGAAGAGACACUAUUGUUACUAGCAUUAAAUACAGGAAGAAGUAUAAAGGAUAUAAAUGGAAGCCAAAGCAACCAUAUUUUUACACACCUUAGCAGCCUGGCCUUAGUUGACGAAAAUUACACAAAUAAGUUAAAACUCAUCAUUGUUCAUAGUACAUGCUGUAUAUAGCAUGUAGAUCAUUGACAUUGAAACUGAGCACUGGAAUCAUAAACAGUAAACUUAACUUUGA